AUGUCAACCAGCAAUGCUCAGAUGAGACCCUGGGACACCCAGUUGCCUGGUACCAUGUCCUUGGUAGAUUGGGCCUCAAUGGGUGGCUUAUCCAAAUCGGACAUGAUCAACGAGAAGCAAAGUGAGAAUGGUGCUAUGGUCAUUGCUUUGCGGUUCGUAGGCUUCAUCUUGAUGUGGUUGGGCCUCCAACUUGUCACAGGGCCCAUUGCACUGAUGCCACAGAUCGUUCCUUGUUGCGGCGAGAUGAUCGGAGAGAUGGUUGGAUGUGCUUUGUGUUGCAUGAACUGCUUGAUUUCGUUGGCCCUCUCAUUGACUGUCAUUGGUGUUGCUUGGUUGAUGGCCAGGCCCAUCCUUGGCAUUGGGCUGUUGCUGGUUGCAGCUGCAGCCGUUUGUGGUGCCGGGGUGCUACGCAACAAGUUCCGCAAGAACGCCCGAGAGCCUAGCAUGUCGCAGCCCUUCAUGGCACCGCAGAUCAACAUGGCACCAGCACCUCAGCAGCACGUGCAGGUGGUGUGUCCUCAAAAUGCCGUGCCUGGACAAAUGCUCAUGGUGCAAUGCCCAGAUGGACUUCAACGACAAGUUCAGGUACCACAAGGGGUGUUUCCUGGACAGACCUUCCAAGUGAUCAUUUGA